CUAACACUCUGCACUCUGCUAUGUAUGCGCACAAGAAAAAAUAAACAUGCUUCACACUAUCAAGACGGUUCUGACGUAUUCACCUGCGGCUUCAUCAGUACCACGAUCUCUCUCUUGCAACCGUGGUCGGGAAGUUUCUGUCGUUAGAUUUUGCACCCGCCCAGAAGCAGAAACUGAUCAUAGUGAUCAUAACAUGGACAAGGAGAAAGAUCAGAACCCAAGCGAGGAAGCUGCUGCAACUACCGAAGACGGGGAUGUGAUGUCUCAUCCGUUUGGGGAAGCGUAUGCUACGAGGUGCGAUGAAGAAGGAUUUGGAGGAACUUACGGUGGGAACCAAUCUCUUCCCAAGACUGAGACGGAUAAGUUCAUCGAUGAAAACCACCCAGCUUACGACAAGACGCAGGGGAGUGAGGUGAAGGAGAAGGAAAAAGGGAGGCAUCAACCUAGCGCCAACUCCUAGUUUAUUCAUCUUUUUUGUACUUCAAGCUUGUAUUUUCAUGUUUCGAGCUCUCCUCGACUUGGCUUCUUUUCUUGCUCUGCUUUCUCUUUUAAUUAUUCCAUAUAUAAAUUAGAGUUGAUGUGCUAA